GCCUUCUCACCUUUCACAUCAUGUCUGAAACACAAUCGUCUGCAACAGCACAUGAGCAGCGAUGGGGAAGAGUCCUGAUUGCUGGGGGCACAGAUUGGCCAAAGCUCGGUCGCAAGGAUAAGGGAGGCAAGGUGGAGGGAGCGAUCCCAGACCACCCAGAUCUCCUCGAGCCGCACAUCCUGCGCUCCCUGAACAACGUCAAAAUCGUAUCGAUACACACCUCUUGCGUAGCAAGCCAUUGCAUCGCACUCGACGUCCAUGGCGCUGCAUGGCUUUUUGGACGGAACCAGCUUUCCGCACUCGGCGUGUCUGGCGUCGAUUUUGUAUCGGAAAACGCCCCGCUGAGAAUCAGGCCCGUCGAUCUCGGCGCUGCAGCCGGGACGAGGUUCGUAUUCGCCGCAUUGGGAAAAAACCACUCUAUCCUCGUAGGCAGUGACGGUCGAGUGUGGACUGCUGGCGCCAAUAAUCUGGGCCAGUGUGGGCAUUCUACGUGCCCUGAAGUUUCUUCGUUCAGGCUCAUGGAUGGCCCAUAUCAUAUUGCAACAAAGGAGCAGGAGCACGUCGUUAAAGCAGCCGCGGGCAUCACUUUUUCCUUGUUCUUGACCAAGAGUGGGCGGCUAUAUUCUGUUGGGAGUGGAGAAAAGGGGCAGCUAGGGAACGGCAGGACCGGUGAACAUAUCGUCACCGGCAACAAAUCGGCAUACGACAUUGAGACCGAACCCAUCCUGGUUAAGGGUCUGCAAGACAAGAAGAUCACGCAGAUUGCCUGUGGCCACAAUCACAGCAUCGCGCUCGACGAAGAUGGCGUGGUGUACGUAUGGGGGUAUAACGGGUACUGUCGCCUAGGCCUAGGAAAUCAGCAAGACGUCUUGACGCCCAAGGUCGUCCCUCAGUUUGCUGGGCCACAAAAGCAACUCAUGGGCGCGCAGGUGGUUGCGGGCCCUUCGAACUCUGUCGUCGUCGAUAGGCAGGGUAUGUACUGGAUGGCGGGUAAAUGGAAAAACACUGGUGACGGUUCUGGGGGCCAGCCAUACUCCCAGUUCCGCUUCAUGCAAGACAUCAUGGCUUGUAAAAUCAAGCAUACUGCGUGCGGCGGCGUCACUCACUUCGCGCUUGCGCCUGAUGAGGACGAAGGCGGCAUCAUGACGAUCGCGUGGGGCCAAAAUGCCGCGAAUGGCGAGCUCGGCAUGGGCCCGAACGAGCCCAAGAGCGCCACAAAGCCUGGGAGAAACCAGCCUCUGAUCGGCAUUGACGUUUUUGACAUCGCCGCGGGGCAAAAUACGACGUACUUCCUCGCGACGCCGAGCGACAAGCUCUCCGACCUGCCCCGGCACCCUGCUGAUCUGGAAGCGCCCGAGGUCUGCCUCGUAUGCCACAAAGACAGCGGCGAUCCGCUCGCGUGCGACAAGUGCGAUGCACCGUACCACCCUGGCUGCCUUGACCCUCCCCUUGCUGCGGUCCCCGACGGGGAGUGGUUCUGCCCCGAUUGUACACAGCAUCCGGGCGGGCCGAUUGGCGACGCGCCUCCGCCGCCUCCUCUGCCACGAUCUACCGCGGUGGCGGGGGUGCGCGCGAAGAAGGCACGUUCACCGUCGGAUGUGGACAGCGACGAGGAUGAUGACGCGGACGGAGAAGACGACGACGAUGAAAAUGACGCACCGAAGUCGGGCAGGAAGCGCAAGGCGCCCUUCAAGAAAGCAACUGUCUCGAAGCGCAAGAAGUAGUUGCACAGACCUUUCGCUUCCAUUCAGUUCCCAUAUAUGCACACCCCCACUCAUCGGUCCUUGCGAAUGCUCACGCUUGUUUCUCCUGUCGCACACACACACACGUACAUUCUGUCCGCCAAAGGAUACCCGGACGAGGAUCCCGUCGAUAAUUACUCUGGUCACCUAAUGUAUAUAUACGUAUGCUGAAUGCUGGUAUGAUCGACGUUCGCGCGACAGCUCGAUGGCAUGACGUCCGGCUAACCACCUGGCGCCAACAUCCCGUGGCAGUGAAGACGAUAAUGAGAACGUGAGAUAAAGGAGUCAUGUAAGUAGCAAUAAUAGUAGAUUACACCGCGCCAUGUCCCCACCUAGUGUGUAUGUGCACCGAACCCCAAGCAUCUCAAGCUCAGACAUGUGGGGGCCUAUCAGCCCCAGAUUUUGAGUACGGCCAGGACAAUGCCAACGCUGAGCCCCAUGAUGAGGAGCAUCGCGCCCGCAAAGAACGCCAUCAAAUCCCAUGGCGGGCCUUGCUGCUGCUGCUGCUGUUGAGUCUGCCCUUGUCCCUGUCCCUGUCCCGCAGUUGUUGCCAGCGCAUCCCGCUCGCGCUUCUUCUCGUCAUCCCAUGCGGCGCUGAGUGCCACAAUACGUGCGCGUGCAUCGCUCGUGUCGAGUGCGCUCUCGGAGGGUGUACCGAUGUGGACAAAUGAAGGAAAGUGGUGCUCAGCCCACUGCUCAAUCUUGGCACAGGCAACGGAGAGCCGGGUGAAGUUGGGAUCCGCGGGCGAGGCCUUGGCAUGAAUCUGGCGAACAUAAUCGCGGAAGAGAUAUGCGACAUCGCGCGGAUUGGUGGAUGCCAUGAUGAGUUUGGCGGCUUCGGCCUUACGGAUUUUGAUGUGCCUCUGGAACAUCUCAGGGUUCAUGAAGCACAAAUUGAGAGUGGCCAUCGCCAUCGCCGCUGGAAUCGCGCAAAAGUUGAACACUGUCUGGUUCCGCAACAACCUCAGAUAAUCCAGCGAGUCCGUCGCGUGCCUCAGCGCGUCAAGCACCAUCCCACUCUGCACCCACUGGGCUUGCUCCUCAUUCCCCACCCUCAACAGCUCCGUCACAUCCUCACACGGCCCGCUCGCACGCGUGGCGUACUCCUUCCUGCCCCAUAUCUCUCUUGGCCAAAAGAACCGACGUUCGUCCGCGUCCUCGCGGAAGUCACGAAUGAUGUUCGUCUUCUGGAGGAGGAGGCCCAUCGAGUUAGAGAGACCUAGCUGAGACGCGAGCCAGGGGGCCUCUUUUCCCGAGGCGCCCCAGAUACGGGAGAGGCCCUCGCCGACGAGGCCGGCAACGUAAUGGCAGUAGAGGUCGUAGUCGGCGACGGUGGAGAGGUAAAUGGAGCCAGUGGUGGCGGCACGGUGGGCAUAGUCGGCCAUGCCGAUUUCCAUUUUAUGGCAGAUGUCGACGAUGACGGCGCGGUAUCCUGGGUCGAGCAGGUUAACCUCUUCGACGACCGUGUCGUACUCUUGAAGAACAAUGCGGUCUUUUUCGGCGGGUCCGCUACCGUUGAAUUUCCAGCCGGGAGUGACUGUUUUUUCAUGGAAGGAGCGGAGAAUGGGUUGUUUGAUGUCGUCUGGAAUGGUCAUGUCGUCCUCAAUGGUGUCGAGCCCGCGCAAUACGACGUAGAAUAAACAUAUCGUGCGCGCGAGGUCCCCGUCGAGUUCCUUGAUGACAGCGGAGAAGCUGCGACUUGUGAGGUCGAGUAGGUCCCAGCAGCGCCGCAUUGUUGCGCGGUCCCAGCCUGAGGUAGGGUGCUCGCGCGUGGCCGUGAUGUCGCGUUUAGAUUCGUGAUAGAGCCAGUAUUGGCAUAGCGUGCGGAACUCGCCCGGGUGUGUGAGGGCGAGGGUAAGCAUGGACAGGGCGGUCAUGAUGGCGAAGGCGAGGACGAGGACGAGGACGAGGUGG